AUGUCUCCCUCCUCUUCAAGAAGUCAGCAGGGAGACGAUCGCUCAUUGAGCAGGGCCAAUGACGAGUGGGCGCCCCUGCUCAAAGCUGCUACUUCUGCACCCCUUGCUGAGGCAGGAGAGGCCGAAGUUCUCGCCUACGGAACGCAUCAUGGAGCUCAAUUAGAGGGCGGCGACGAGCUCAAGACCUUGGAUUUUUCGCAGAUAUUCUUGCUGUGCUACACACGUUUGGUCGAACCUGUAGCAUUCUUCUCCAUCUUCCCAUAUAUCAACUUGAUGAUUGAGAAGACUGGUGGUGUUGCCAAAGAAGAUGUUGGAUUCUACUCGGGACUCAUUGAGAGCUUGUUUUCGGCAACGCAAAUGUGUGUCAUGAUAUUCUGGGGCAGGACAUUGCAUGUCCAUCAAAGCGCAAAGACAUCAGCCGAGCCUACUAUGACGACAUGGGAACUGAUCAAGUACCCUGGCGUUGCUAAAGUUAUGCUCAUCUACAACUACUGCAUGCUUCUAGCCUUUGCAUUCACUGCCGCUUUCCCCGUCUUCAUGUACACUCCCAUUAAUCUCGGGGGGCUGGGGCUGUCGCCCAAAUGGAUAUCAGUCUUCAUGGCAAUCGGAGGACUAGCCCAGGCGUUCUGGUUGCUUGUGGUAUUCCCACCCCUUCACAAGCGCAUCGGCACCGGCGGUCUCCUCAAAUUCAAUGCCUUCAUCUGGCCCAUCUUCUUCGCAAUAGACCCGAUCUGCAAUAUCCUCCUUCGACACGGACUUAAGGUUCCCUUCUGGAUACUAUUCCCUUUCAGCAAUAUUUUCGGCAGCUCCGUUGCGAUGGCCUUCACUGGGGUGCAACUCGCUCUCAACGAUAUCUCUCCUUCGCAUGAAAGCUUUGGCACGCUAAACGCACUUGUGCUGGCUCUGCAGUCUGGGAUCCGAGCAAUCUUUCCUGCCGCAUCUACGUCCCUAUACGCCAUAGGGGUGAAGUAUCAGAUACUUCUUGGGCAGCUGUUCUGGGUUGUACUUGUCCUGGUGGCCAUCGGUUUCAAUUUUGUCACGAGGCUCUUGCCGGAGAAGGCUCAAGGUAGGCCGAAGCCGAAGCCGAAGCCGUCGCAACAGGGAGACGACGAAGCUUGA